CCACUUUUCGAGGUUCACGCACUAUCUUCUCCUCAGUCACGUGCAUGCGAAUUGCAUGCCACGUUGGACCCCAAUGCAUCAUCUGGGUCCAUAUCAAACGCUUGGCUGCCACACACAUUCUACAAAGCCCCGAAGCAAGCAGCCUAAGCCUAGGUUGUGGUGGUGGGGAAGGCUGCUUCGGUCAGCAGUGGUGGCUGGCGGUGGCUGCGCUUUAGCUUCCCAAAACGAUUGGUUUUUUUGGCAAGCUAUCGCCGCUGGCCAUGGCUGUUCCUUUUGCAAAAUCACAUUUUUUGUGGAGUUUUCUGUCGAUUUUCUUACAUAUUUUGGCUGUUUUUCUGUUAUUAUUAACUACUUAUGUCUCUGCUCAUACCUUCUCUGAUAUUGGAAGUGAAGAUGUUGAUAGUAGUAGAAGGAAUGAUUUGUAUUCCGAAAUCUUGAGAGAUGAGGCUUUGGCAAGGCUCAAUGAGCUUGGAAAGGUGAGUGAUGCUGAUGGGUAUCUUGAAAGGACAUUCAUGAGUGCAGCUUCUCUGAGGGCUGGAAAUCUUAUUCGUUGUUGGAUGGAGGAUGCUGGUUUGACAACGUGGUUUGACCACAUGGGCAAUUUACAUGGUCGUUUUGAAGGAAUGAAUCGAAGUGCUGAGACUUUAUUGAUUGGUUCUCAUUUGGAUACUGUUGUUGACGCUGGGAUAUUUGAUGGGUCAUUGGGCAUAAUCUCAGCAUUGUCUGCCUUAAAGGUGUUGAAAAGCAAUGGAAUGCUGGCAAAAUUAAAACGGCCUGUUGAGGUUAUUGCAUUUAGCGACGAGGAGGGAGUGAGGUUUCAGUCUACUUUCUUGGGCAGUGCUGCUAUAGCUGGAAUUUUACCGGUCUCAGCAUUGCAGAUAUCUGAUAAGAGUGGUGUAACAGUGCAAGACAGUCUGAAGGAGAACUCUUUAGGAAUUACUGAAGAAAGUCUAUUGCAACUCAAAUAUGAUUCAAAGUCUGUUUGGGGUUAUGUUGAGGUUCAUAUUGAACAAGGACCUCUACUAGAAUGGGUUGGUUUUCCUCUAGGUGUGGUUAAAGGCAUAGCUGGACAGACACGGCUAAAGGUUGUGGUGAAAGGCUCACAAGGGCAUGCUGGCACUGUUCCAAUGUCUUUACGGCAAGACCCCAUGGCUGCUGCUGCAGAGUUAAUUGUACUGUUGGAAAGGCUCUGUAAAAAUCCUAAAGAUUUUCUGUCUUAUGAUGAUCAGUGCAAUGAUUCAACAAUUGAAUCACUUUCCAGUUCCCUUGUUUGUACUGUUGGGGAGAUAUCCACAUGGCCAAGUGCAAGUAAUGUCAUUCCAGGCCAGGUAACUUUCACGGUAGAUAUACGUGCUAUGGAUGAUAUGGGACGUGAAGCUGUCCUUUAUGAAUUAUCUAAUCAGAUGUAUCAAAUAUGUGAUAGGCGCUCUGUUUCUUGCAUCGUUGAAAGCAAGCACGAUGCAAAAGCAGUGGUCUGUGAUUCCGAACUAAGUUCACAGCUGAAGUUUGCAGCCAAUGUUGCACUCAAGAGAAUGACUGGUGAGAUUCAAGAUGAAGUUCCUAUAUUAAUGAGUGGAGCAGGACAUGAUGCAAUGGCCAUGUCUCAUCUAUCUAAGGUUGGGAUGCUAUUUGUCCGCUGCCGUGGAGGCAUAAGUCACUCUCCUGCAGAGCAUGUGUUGGAUGAUGAUGUCUGGGCUGCUGGGUUGGCAAUCGUGGCAUUUCUUGAGACCCACUUGUAAAUAGAGCAUUCAGUGAUUUUCGUACUGAAAAUAAUUUCUUUCUAGUAUAAUCAAUUUGUUAGUAUUUGUUGAUUGAAAUUUGUUUGCUAGUUUUAUAAUCACCGUAAGUGCAUGGAUCGCUAACAAGUAAUAAAGUAAUGAAUAGAGUAUCAUUCCUAUAAGAA